AUGUGGAUCGUCACAGGCAACCCACAGUACGCCAACAACACAGCGAGCAUCCUGUGGGCGUGGAGCACCAUCAACAAGAUAUUCGUGGGGCAGAACGCGCCGCUGGAGGCGGGGUGGGGCGUGGACAGCAUGACGCGCAGCGCUGAACUACUGAAGUACACGUGGCCGGGCUGGACCAAGGAGCUGGAGACCACAUACAUCAAGUGGGUCAACAAGUUGAUCAUGCCCCAGCUGCGCAACGAGAUCCUCAGCCGCCUGCCACUGGGCAACUGGCACAGCACCGUCGCCGAAUGCAAGAUGCAGUUUGCAAUCUUCACAGAUGACCGGCCGCUGUUUGAGGAGGCGCUGUACGACUGGCGGCGCGUGAUGGACGCAUGGCUCUUCCCCCAUGGAGAGUUCUGGGAGACCAAGCGCGACAUCUACCACAGCCAGUUUGGCCUGGGCGGCCUUGUCCAGUUGGCUGAGCUGGCGUGGCAGCAGGGCGUCGACGUGUAUGACUACUCAGACAGCAAGUUGCGCAUUGGGAUGGAGUACCACGCUGACAUCAUCAUGGGUGGAGUGCCCUUUUCAUCGAAUUGGUACAAGAUCAUUGGUAACGGGUUCCUGCCAUGCGGGUGGGAGGUGGGCUACAACCACUUCAACGGGCGUCGCGGUCUCCAGCUGCCGAUCACGGCCGGCAUGCUCAACAGGAAACGUCCAGAGAAGUACGUGUUUCAUUGGGGCCUCGGCACCCUCACGCACUUCCAGGCGGCGCGCGCCCUGAUCAACGGCUUCUUCCCCGCCGGCGGCGGCGACGGCCGGCGGCCGGAGGCGCCGCAGGUGUACGUGCCGCGCUACUCGCAGGAAGGGUGGGACGACGACGACGGUAGCCACUCGGACGGCCCCCCGCCCGCUGUGCCCGCAUCCGUGGCCAACGCGACCAACGCGACCGCCGGGAGGGACGCGGCCAACGCGUCCGCGGCGUCGGCGCGCGCAGCGGGGGCCGCUGGUGGCGCGGGGCCGGAGAAGACCGCCGCUCUGCACGGGACGGCCAGCAUCAACGCCACGAUCGGAGCAGCCAAGGCUGGCACAGCCGCCAUCAAGGGCGCCCUGAAAGCCGGCGCGGCCGCCGCUUGGCUCCUGGCGGCGCCAGUCAAAGCCGGUCAACACCCUGCAGGCCCGACCGACCAGCAGGUGUCCUUGCUCGUUUCCAUCAAAGCCGGCUGA